CGCCCCUCUCUUUUCUCCCUCUCCGAACCUUGGCGCUGCCGCGUUCGGACCUCGCUGCUGCAGCCUCCGGGGCACGCUCCAUCCUCCCAGCCUGCGACCCGCAGAGAGACGGGAAAAAAAAUAACCAAAACCCAGACUACCCGAGUCACAUAAUUCCUUGCCCCGCAGGCGAGCCAGAGAAAAUUAGAUUCCAACCAUGAGGGAAAUUGUGCACAUCCAAGCCGGUCAGUGUGGCAACCAGAUCGGUGCCAAGUUCUGGGAGGUGAUCAGUGAUGAGCACGGCAUCGACCCCACCGGCACCUACCAUGGGGACAGCGACCUGCAGCUGGACCGCAUCUCCGUGUACUACAACGAAGCCACAGGUGGCAAAUACGUCCCUCGUGCUAUCCUGGUAGAUCUAGAACCGGGAACCAUGGACUCUGUGCGCUCAGGACCUUUCGGCCAGAUCUUCAGACCAGACAACUUUGUUUUUGGUCAGUCCGGGGCAGGCAACAACUGGGCCAAGGGCCACUACACAGAGGGGGCGGAGCUGGUCGACUCAGUGCUCGAUGUCGUGCGGAAGGAGGCCGAGAGCUGUGACUGCCUGCAGGGCUUCCAGCUGACCCACUCGCUGGGUGGCGGCACGGGCUCUGGCAUGGGCACCCUGCUCAUCAGCAAGAUCCGGGAAGAGUACCCUGACCGCAUCAUGAACACCUUCAGCGUGGUGCCCUCGCCCAAGGUGUCAGACACCGUGGUGGAGCCCUACAACGCCACCCUGUCCGUGCACCAGCUGGUGGAGAACACGGAUGAAACCUACUGCAUUGACAACGAGGCCCUGUACGACAUCUGCUUCCGUACGCUCAAGCUCACCACGCCCACCUACGGUGACCUCAACCACCUCGUCUCGGCCACCAUGAGUGGCGUCACCACCUGCCUCCGCUUCCCCGGCCAGCUCAACGCCGACCUCCGCAAGCUGGCCGUGAACAUGGUGCCCUUCCCCCGCCUGCACUUCUUCAUGCCUGGCUUCGCACCUCUCACCAGCCGAGGAAGCCAGCAGUACCGGGCCCUCACUGUGCCCGAGCUCACCCAGCAGGUCUUCGAUGCCAAGAAUAUGAUGGCUGCCUGUGACCCCCGGCAUGGCCGGUACCUCACCGUGGCCGCUGUCUUCCGUGGACGGAUGUCCAUGAAGGAGGUGGACGAGCAGAUGCUGAACGUGCAGAACAAGAACAGCAGCUACUUCGUGGAGUGGAUCCCCAACAAUGUGAAGACGGCCGUGUGCGACAUCCCGCCCCGGGGCCUCAAGAUGGCUGUCACCUUCAUCGGCAACAGCACGGCCAUCCAGGAGCUGUUCAAGCGCAUCUCGGAGCAGUUCACGGCCAUGUUCCGGCGCAAGGCCUUCCUGCACUGGUACACGGGCGAAGGCAUGGACGAGAUGGAGUUCACCGAGGCCGAGAGCAACAUGAACGACCUGGUAUCCGAGUACCAGCAGUACCAGGAUGCCACCGCAGAAGAGGAGGAGGAUUUCGGGGAGGAGGCUGAAGAGGAAGCCUAAGUCAGAGCCCUCCUGUCGCCUCGGGCGCCUGGCCCCCUCAGCUGCCCUGUCCUCUCCCUCAGAAUUUGUGUUGCUGCCUCCUCUCUCUCUCUUUUUCCUUUGUGGGAGGGGGAUCUAGAACAGUGCCUGGCACAUAGUAGGAGCUCAAUAAAUCUUUGUUUGUUGAAUGUCUCCUCUCUCUCUCUGCUCUGGGAAACUCAAAUCCUGCCAUGUGUUUCUUUCUGGUGCUUACUGCUCCCAUCUGUCCAGUUAAUAUUUCCCUUCUGUUUCCAAAAAUAAUUCUCCAUAAGCCCAAGUACCAGACAAGAAAGAGAGGUCGGAGCCCCUGCCAGGGAAGAAAUCUUCGCUUCAGGUAUCUCAUGCUCCAUCUCAGCUUUGGGGUGUUAACAGUAUUAUCUCCGUUCCCAGUCUCCCUCCAGGCUCCGUCCUGAGCUCUCUGUCUCACAUGCUCCAUUCCUGCCUUUCCCCUGAUGAAAGGAAGGGGACUCAAGGAGAAGGCCAGCCUUGGUCCCUGAGCCUCCAGAAACACCAUCUUGUCCCCCCCUCCAUCCCUGCCGUGCAUGGGAGGUUUGCUCUGCCCCCUGCAGGAGUGAGUGCUCCCCAGAGCAGAGGGGACAAGACAGCCUCCUGUCGGCGACAUCUCAGCUCUUCCUUGGCUGUUCUUCCCCUGUUCCUUUAGUUUUGUCCCACACUUCAGAUUUCUAUUUUGUGUUGAACUUGCUUUUUUUUUUUUUUUUUUUUUUCAUAUUGAAAA